AGCGGAAGUGUUGUUAGGUCACUGUGUUUUGGAAAUGAUAAUGUGAUGACAAAGAGAGAGAAUAUUGAUUGUUAGAAGCAGCAUAAGAGCUUAUGACAAUUCCUGAGAAUUGAAUUUCUGGUAGCUUUUCCUAAUGGCCUUGAGUAAUUCUGUGUUACCACGGGGACCUAACAUAAUGGCAGAUAUGAACCAUUCAUGAAGAUGUGGAUACCUGCAGACUACAGACUGUGUGGAAUUAUAACUAUUGUCAGAAAAGUGUCUAAAUGGUCAGUGAAGCAGAGAGCACCACCCCUGUGAUGUCAUCGGCGUGCGUUGAUUUCUCCCAGCAUGCCUGGAAGAAAGACCUAUGCGUCAACUGUCAGCAACCGCGUAACAAGCACCCGGUUGAUUCAAAUGCGGCUGAAACAAACGACACAGGUCAGAAGACUGGACUUUCAGCAGACAUCAGCUCAGAUUCGCCUAAACCUGCAAAGAGGAAUUCAAUUAUGGCAAAGUCAUGGACUGGGAAUCUGGAAGGUGAAAAUGAGGAUGAUAAGUGGAAUUCCAUGUGUUUGCCAGACCCCUCUCAGCCUAAUAAGCGUUUUAGUGAUGUUGAUCAGAGAUUAGUCAAGCCUUUCCGAGAUAUGGAUGGAAAAGGUCAAAUUUCAGAACAUAGUUACGAGGAAAUUCACGAUAAAAAAUCAAAUGAAAAAACAAAUUCAACUGCUAGUGCGAAUGUGAGUUCCAGAAAGAAUGAUACUAUUACUGUUGAUGCUCAGAAAAAAAAUAUUUCUAUUAACGCCGAAGACAGAUUGUCGGCACUGGUUAAAGAUAAUGUCAAGAUGCAGAGCAACAAAAAUUUGCCUUCUAGGUCAAGGUCAUCAUCGAGGGAAAAUUCACCAGUUCCAGGUAUAAAACCAAAAAUCUCUGACAAACCUUUUGUUGGUGAGAAAAAGACCAAAGGAGAUAGUUCAAAUUCUGAAAGUUCUAUGCAAAAUGAUGAUAAUGAGAGGAAGAAAAAGUUAAACAAAAGUAGAAAAUCAAUCAGUUUUGUUACUGAUGACCCGGCUGUAAUAGGUGAAGACGGUGGCUUGGAUAAUUUGUAUUCUGAUCAUGAGGAUGAUGCACCUGAAAGUGGAACUAAUAUUAAAGAAAAGAUAGAAUUUUCAGAGACAGAAAAAGAAUGGGCUUUACAGUCACUGAAAAACACACUUUGGAACAGUGAACAUAUAAAUGAUGAAAGCAAGAAGAAAAAACAUACACAGGAAUUCGAAGACCUUAAAGUCGAGAGUCCCAAAAAGCCAGAAAGGAGUGCAAAGGAAGGUGUUGUUGAUUCUCAUCAUGAGGGACAUAAUUUUGGGACUUUCCCGCUCAGAACAAAAUCAGAAAAGACCGUCAUGGAUAACAUGUUUUCAAGCAACAGGUUAUCAACUCUAAGCGAGUCUUCUGAAAGUGUUCUUACGGAAGAAGACAAAUAUGAAAGUGUUUUGAGGUUUCUAGGUGCAGAUAAACUAGAGAAGCUUGAUUUUAAUUAUAGUCCAAGGCAUAAAAGUGCGACAGGUGGUACAGAAGGUGCUGAUUAUACUGAAGCCAGUUACGAUGAUCCUUGGUGUGACAAGUUUGGUUUUGGAAUGGAUUCCGAAAUGAACUUAUUGGACGAAAUCAAAGGGGAGAUAGAUCUAGACGCAAGUGGGGCUGGCUUUGCCUUGGUAGAGAUGUUAAAUGAUGUGCUAGCAAAGUACGGAACUGGUCCAGGGAGUGAAACAGACUCUGUCAAGAACUUUGAAGGAUUGGAUGCAGAAAAGCCAGGACAAAGCGCAGAUAAAGCAGCAAAACGAGAUGGAAGAGAGAUGUCUGCAGAUUUCGAAGCAAAAAUGGUUCAUCUUGCAGAAAAUAUACGAAAACAUAGGGCAAAAGGCAGAGCACCUAGACCUCCAAGUCAACCACCAGAACCCCCUUCAGAUGCAGCCACAAAGUCCCCAGCAAAACAGGCUGAGCUGAGGGCUGCUCAGAGCAAGGAACCGACAUUCAAGAUGGUUCCUUUGGGAAAAGUAAUAGGGACCACGCCACUUGAGGCACAGGCUAAAGCCGACCUUAAGGCAGCCCAUGGGGGUCUUAGGUCAGAAUUGUCUAGCACUAGCUCAAGUAAUAGUUCGGAUAUUGUUGAUGUGUCAAAGGGGAAGGCCGAUAAACAGGCGAAAAAGUCUGGCGGGAUCGGUGGCUUCUUUAGCAGGAUUUUUGGAAAGGGGAAGGACCCUGAUUCUGAUGUGUCAGGAAGUAGUGAGGGUCUAGCCUCAAAUCCUUGGACCAUGUCAGAUCCGUACAUUGAAAAUGAUGGUGCUUCUAACCAUAGUGAUACUCCAGAAAGUGAAGUGGUACCUAUAAAGGGAGGAAAUCAAAAGGAAAGAAAAAUGUCAAAUUCUUCCCCACAGAUGAAGGCAAAAAUAGCACCAAAUAGGCCAAUUAGCCCAAAACCAAAAGAAAUGACAUCUGAGAAUAUUCAAAAGGAUGACAUAUCCAAUCACAGUCAAUCACAAAAAGUUAGUGACCAGUCUGAAUCUUACAGUGACCAUAACAAUACAAAGGAACAAACAUUUCCAAUAAAAAAUGAAUCCAAACCGAAGCUUGAACCUGUGAAACAGCUCUCACCCACAAAAGACAAGGAACCUGCCAAAGCCACCAGUCCAAAGGCAAAAGAAGCUCCCCCAUUGCCAACCAACCCUCCUAGGGACUUGUCGGACCAUGGGAUGGUCCCUAAACCCAGAACCCGGCCACCCCCAGAAUCUGUUGCCCCAAGGUCACGACCCCGCACCAGGGAGCUGCCAGAUGGUCGCCCAAGGGACACGCCUAAUGUCCCUCCCCCUAAACCUCCUGUGGCUGUUAAACCACGGCCUGUUUCUACAACUAUCAAACCGCCUGAAAAGCCUGAAAGAAGUCAUACUAGUGCCACUGGUGACUCGAACGUCCAGGCAAACAGUAUGAUGCAGUCUCAAUCUGAUGCCCAUUCGUCAGAGAAUUUGUUAAACACUGAAGAUUCUCAGAAGAAGGCGGAUACAAAUGUAGAUCCAAAGGUUCUUAGAAAACGGGCCAAGUCCCCUAAAAGGAUUGUUGCCCCUAUAGCACCAGGUAGAGCUUCAAUGCCCAAUAUUCUUACUCACUCGAACACUUCAUUGGCUUCCACCACAUCUGAGGUGAGCAUUCAAAGUCUGCCAGCUGGGCAUGGGGAUAAUAAAUCUGAGGGAGUAAAGAGUCUUCCCUUUGCAAGGGAGCUUGAGCAGAAAUUACAAAAGGAAAUUGUUGCGACUGAAACCAGAAAGAUGAGUGUACCGCCUCCUCCACCCACUGGUGUUAAGCAUCCUUCGUUGGAGAAAUCGAAAUCUUUGCCAGUGGAUAAACAAAAAGCAGGAUUGCCUGACAAAUCAAAAUCUUUACCAGCUGAUCGCAAACAAUCUGUGAAUGAAAAUUCAGUUUCUUCUGGAGUGGCAGCUAAAGACAUUGAGCAAAGUAGAAGAAGCUCAAAAGACGACCCUAAAACCAGUCCACCAAAUACUGAGGACAAGUCUAAAAUACUGACUAAUCAAGUGUCUGCUUCAUCAUCAUCGUCAUCAUCAUCCACUAUUUCACCAUCAUCAUCAUCUACUUCUACUGCUGUAUCAAACACAUCUGCUGCCAACACAACUAAGAGUGCCAUAGCAGAUGCAGACCAAAUGACGUCUGCAAACAAUGUCCCACCCUCAACACAACAGGGGGAUAUAAUUUUAUUACCAGAAAAGAUUGAGCUUCCCAGACCAGUCAGCAACAGCCGAAAAAGCUUUCUGGGAAAACUUAACCGUAAUAAAAACAAGCCACCUGCCCCACCAUCGGUAAAGAGGACGAAAUCGAUCACCGAGACGUCGUUGUUAGGGGACCACCAUUUGAAAAAGAUUGACCUGAAGGACAUCUCUGCCCCAGUGCUGAUCACAGAUAUGACAUCUAACAAGGUGGUCCACAGACGCAACACUAUAUCAGUGGGACCAGACGACAAUUCAUUUUUAUCAGGUGGCUCCACCUCCUCCGGUUCGACCUCUGCGGGAGACAAUCGCGACCUUUCACCCCAUGGUUCCCUUGAGAACAUGUAUGAAUUCAUCAAGACAGAGGCACCGUCCCCACCGGUGGGUGAUGUCAAGCGAAAUUUCUAUGAUCCAGUCGUUGAGGGCAAUCUAGUUUUGGGUCUGCGGCCACCUUCUAUGACGGGAAGUGAGGGUUAUCUAGAACCAGUCCGUUCACACCAGCUUCAUCAGAACUCAAACAACGAAACAGGCAACAAAAUGGCAGAAUCUACUAUCAGUCUGGGCUCCAUGACAACCAGUUUCAUCACCACUGUAACCAAUAUGGCCAACGCAAAUCGCAUGACCAAAUCUACCAAUGAUGUAACAGAAGAUGGGUACAGUGGAAAUCACGGUACUGAUGAUAAUUUAAGUCCAGAAAGAAGGGCUCUGCUAGCCAGUCAACCCAUUUACGAAGAAAUUACAAACGGUUAUGGUAAACUGGGGUCUAACAAUAACGAUGAAAGAGAUAGCAAAAGUGACGACCAUCAUUCAGAGUUUUAUGGCAUCAGUGAUGUGAAUCAGGCCUCUUCUCUGAAACAAAAAGACUCUUUUUCUUCUGAUUCGGAACAGUCGUCUGCUAAUGGCAGUUUAUCUCGACCUCGACCGAUUCCGAGGCGUCGUCCGCGGCAAAUCGGUUCUGGGUUUGAGCAGUACGUGGCCAUGAAUCGCCCAGGCGUGGCGGUCAUUUUAAACGAGGAACAACUGCGGGAAAUGAUGAGCAAGCUGACGUCAAUGAACCUUACCACAAUAAAGGAGAUCUACACACAGCAUGAGAAGUGUUUCACGAAGGAGAAUCUUAAUCUGGGAUCAGUCGGUACCUUAAAGUGGCAUGAUUUUGACAUCUAUGGGAAACCAGUGCAUACAUCAGAAAAGUGUGUUAUCUACAAUGCCAAGCUGAGAAAUACGUUGUCACCAUGCCAAGUUAUGCUGCUGCAUUCAAGACCUGAGAUCACCUCAGCCAAUCACCCGAGUCUUCUGAAACCCACCAGCAUCUUCACAGACUCUGUCCCAUUUUCCUACCUAACAGAUGAAUUCAUAAAAACCAGUCAGAUACUGGAAACCUGCCUAAACCAGACCAACGCUAACUCCUCGCAAUGCUACAUUGUUGUAGGACUAUUUGACAUCACUGAAAGUUUGGCACAUCAUAUGAAUGCUCUAGAAACCGUUUGUGACAAUCAGAAAGGAUUCCUAGCGAAGGUCUUGUUCUUUGUGCUUCAGUUACUUAGUGCAAUAUCACACUGUCUCGAACAGGGUCAUUCGCUUUCCGAAGCAGAUUUUCACGAUUUGUAUUUAAUCUCAAACCCGUACUGUCUCGGUGAAACAGUUUCUUUCCUGCCACAAGUGCGUGCAUCUGAAGAUCAGCAGAUCGACAGGGUGUGUCUAUUUUUAGAACAGUUCCUCCACGACAUGUGCACAAAGUGUGACGCAGCAGCAGUGUUAGAUGAUUCUGCGAUUUUCAUCUACACAGGAAUUCAGAAAAUCAUGGAAAUGCUUGAAUCCGGUGUCAUCGAAUGCUUGCCAAUCGUUCGGAGUUAUACAGAAUACCUACUGUGGGGUCCAGGCGAAAACGACGCAGAAUUUCAGGACGAGCGCCAUAGUAACUUGGAACCGAAACUCGCAAUGUGGUUGGAAAAGGAGCGUGCAGAAUUGAUUCACGAUUUUGCGAGAAGGAUUCAGCAUGGGGCAAGGUGUAAUAUUCGCGAUUUCUACAAGAUGAAGUUUCUGUGUAAGGCAAGCUCAAGCAGUCUGGCAGAGUGCAUUCGAUGCCAUGCUGCAGCAAUGGAGACCUCCACUUGAUGGCGUUUGAUUUCCAGUCAUUUCACCUUAUUAUAAUAUUACUUACAUCAAAUUUGUCAAUUGCAUAUAUUGUAACCACUAUGUAAAUACAUAGUUACACAAAUGUUUUACAUAAAAACCAAGUUUAUGGCAUUAUUUCAAGUGCAGUUGAAGUACCUUAUGACAACUUACAUCCAAUGCAAAUGUCCAUUUAAUUUUAAUUAUUACUAUGUUGAUAUCGAAACGGAGUAUGCAUAUUUAGGUUUCAAUGUAAAAAUUUGUUCUAAAUAAUGAUUUUGCAAUUUUGUUCGUUUUUGCAAUAUGCAUUAAAAACUUAAACAUUAUUAAAUAAACAUUUCCUGGUAUGAUUAAUAAAGCUAUUUACUGACAAGAAAUACAGGAAAAAUCAUUCAGAUCUUUUCUAAAAUUGUUUAACUGAGUAGGUUCAUGGUAAACAUAAUCAUUGUUAAAAAUUUAAUUCACUGAUUUACUCAAUUUUGGGUUGCAAAUGCUAGAACUCAUGCAAGUAAUGAAAAUUCAGUUGUUAUGCCCCCAGAUCGAAUGAUCGGGGUAUAUUGAUUUUGGCCUGUCUGUUUGUCAUUGUAUGUGUGUGUCUGUCUGUCCCAAAACUUUAACCUUGCUCAUAAAAUGAAAACUCUUGGGUCUAUGUAAUUUAAACUGUACAUGUGCAUGCAGCUCAUUGAGAUCUACAAUCAAACAUGGUUUGAGGUCACUAGGUCAAAGGUCACUUUAACCUUUACAUUCAAAAUAUAACCUUGUUUCCAAAAUAGCUGCAGUGCGGCUUCAAAGCACAGUAGGGGGCAUUGUGUUUCACAACACAGCUCUUGUUUUACAUGGUUUAUAUCUAUAUUGAAUAACACUCAAGUGAUCAACAAUGGGAAGCAUAUUUGAAAAUUAUGAAGUAUGUACCAAUAUUAUGAGAAUCAGUACAUAUGUUUGGUGUACUCAAUGGUAGAUUUCAAAUGAUUUCUAUCUGUUUAAUUUAUUAUAAAUUAAAAGAUAUGUGUCAGAUCUUAUGGUAGUAUUUACUGCAGAAACCAUUAUUUAUUAUCACACACUAGUCUCCAUUUACAAUUGUCACACAUGAUUUAAAAUCAGUGUUAGCACUAGUAUAUGACGGUAUUUGUUAUUAUGCUUAGGAGUAUUUGUAUAUUUUUGGAGACAUUAUUUUACUGACAGCUAGUAUUUUGCAUUUUAUACAUUUGUACACAAAUGAUUUGUAUUGCAUUAUAUAGAUGUACAUAGUCUCUUGAUGUAUUCUCAUUUUGUGAUUUAAAACAUCUUGCAUUAUGAUCAGACUCAAGGUAUGAAUUGAUUGUCAUUUUUAUCUUAUGUAUUGUUGUAAACAAUUUGAACCCCAGUUCUAAUUAAGGGAUAUAAUUGUAUGUGAUAAAUAAUAAUUAUAUAUAUGACAGACACAUAGGAACAUGUUCAUACAAGUUAAUUCCAUGUAUAAGUAAGUAAACGGACAUACACAUUCUCCCAUUUUGUGAUAGGUAGUAUUGCUAUGUGAUAUUUAUUUAAUUGUUGAAUUAAACAUCAAAAACGUAUGAACACAUCUUAACAGUCAUGUUAAUUAAAUGUAAAUGGUUGUAUAUUUUUUUUAAUUAGUGAUUAUAAUAAUGUUUUUAUGUGGCAUGGCUUACAUAUAAAAUUGGACAGACAGAGGUUCUUAUUUAAUUGAAUAGGACCUUACACUAGUUUUCAAUUAAAUUGUACAUUGAACAUUUCUCAGAAACUGCAAAACCUUUUAGGCAGAAAGAUUAGAGAAGUUGAAGUUCACUGUAACAGUCUUGUGUCUGACAGAUAUACCAAAUGUCUGAUAAGAUUCCAUUUGUUUGAGACCAUGUAUCUGACAAUUUCCCUUCUGACUACUUUAACUUCUACAUCUAAUUGCAUAAAUGUUGUAUGUAUAAACCAGUACAGAUAUAUUGGUUUAAAUGUUGGUUUUGGAAGGUAUGAUCUGAUUUGGUGUUUUAUUUAAUAUUUUUUUUAGGAUCGACAAAUACAUGUAGACCUUUUCUGAUUUUGUUGUCCUGAAAUGAAAAGUGAAUCAAUCUCUCUUCUUGGAAAUAUUUAGUAAAAGCAUUUAUGUAAUUGAAGACAAAUUGCCAAUUGGUUUCUGUAAUUAGCAGCAGGAGAUUGUGUCGAUUGAUUUGUUUAAUGUUUUGAGAAUUUAUAAAGGCUUACAUAUCUUAAGAAAUCACAAAAGCAACAAAAAAAUACAUCAACAUUAGCAAUUUUUAAGAGAACUUUCGUUAACUGUGUUACUUGUUCAAGAAUAUUUUAAUACUUGAACCACUUUUGAUUGGAGGAUAACAUUACGCAAACUAUAAUUGUGAGAAAUAUACAAUAUACUUUAUUGCAUUCAAAAUUGUAGUACUGUUUUAUAAAUAAGUUAUUUAGCAAUUAAAUUACACAAGUGAACAGUGAAAAGGGCCAUAGCUAUAGUUUGUAUACUUUUAUGUAAUGAAAACUUGUUAUAUACUGUAAGACCUUUGUGAGGCUCCUCGCUGUUUGUAUAUUGUAAAAUACUUUGCCGUUUGCACCUUAAUCAGUAAAGCUUGUAUUAGUGAUGUUAUCCACUAAAUACCGGUACUUCAAAUGUCUCCAUUGUGAGAAAAUAUGCAAACUUGCUCUGUUUUUAAAUCUCAUUUUGUAUAUUUGUUGUUUUUGAUCUGCAUAAGGGUCAAUGUGCAAUAUUUUUGUGUGUUUAAGAACUGUUUUGUGAUAAAACAUAUUGUUUUAUUAAUUUAAAUCAUUUUUGUUUUGUGUCCUUUCCAUGUUUACUGGUAGUGUGCUACAAAAGAAUUCUCAUUUUUUUUUAAUGAACAUGUUAUUGAAUGACCUUUAGGUGUUUUUGUAACUCUUUAAAUGCGAAAUUGGUGUUCGAUACAGGAUUUGCAAAUAGUUAGUUUCUUUUUUUAAGUUCAUUUUAUGAUGAAAUGUUUAAGAUUGCAUAUGUUAAGGUAACUCUUUGUACCGUGAAUUAGUAUGAAUUUGUUUCAAUUUUUUUCUUAACAAAAUGUUUACAAUAUGAAAAUUAAAUUUCUGGUACACAAAAUAGGAUAUUUUAUUACCGCUGUUUCAUAUGAAUAAUAUUUCUAGUAAUUGUUGAGGCACAUAAUUCAUUUUGUUUGAUGACUUAUGGGUAAAUAGAAUCUUAUAUUCAAUUGAUAAUGUCCCUGCAUACAUGUAGAUAGCUUAUAUUUUAAAAGCAUUCCAUUGUAUAUUUUGAAAACUGAAUACACCUUGUUUGCUAUUUAUCUUUUAUUUUUUAACCCUUUUGUUUCCUUUUUAGAGAAAAUACUGUGGUCAGAUAUCGAGAUUUCUAUAACAUAUUUUAGUUGUUAUUCUAGCAAAUAUGUACAUGUGCUGUGCAA